AUGGCUCUAUAUUAUACUUUGUCCAAUACAUUAGUGAAUUUCUGGCAGAUGUUAUCAAAUCUCUAUCUAAUCUAUCCUGUACUUAUGAGGGUGGCUUUGUUUACACCCAAGGUAGUAAAGCCACCUCUGUUUGUAGAUGUAGAUGUGAGUGAGGAAAACUUGUGUGAGUGUGCACCCCUUGAUGGUCUGUGCCUGGCCAUACAUAGCUAUGUACACAAUUAUGAUACCUUUUCUGCUGAAAGAACAACCGGUAAUUGCCUUUUUGAUCAAGGAGUAAGGCUGAGAGAGCCUCUUUGCCAUUGUCAGAGUAAUACUCUGGCUUCUGCGAUAUUUUUGGGUGUGUACGAGCCAGUAAAGCAGAAAUUGUUAAAGGCUAUUCCUGAGAACUUCAGUUCUCUGGCUCAUCUUUCUGCAGGUGCAAUUGCAGGAGCUGCCUCUUCUAUUGUCAGAGUCCCAACGGAGGUUGUGAAACAAAGGAUGCAGAUGGGCCAAUUUGCAACAGCCCCUAAUGCAGUGCGUAUGAUUGUUUCUAAAGAGGGCUUCAGAGGACUUUAUGCGGGUUAUGGAUCUUUUCUACUGCGCGAUUUGCCUUUCGAUGCCAUCCAAUUUUGUAUCUAUGAGCAAAUAAGGAUUGGUUAUAAACUAGCAGCUAAGAGGGAACUAAAUGACCCUGAAAAUGCUUUGAUUGGUGCUUUUGCAGGAGCUAUAACAGGAGCUAUAACAACACCUCUUGAUGUGAUCAAGACACGACUGAUGAUUCAGGGGUCGUCAAAGCAGUACAAGGGCGUAUAUGACUGCGUGAGGACCAUACCAAGAGAAGAAGGAGGCCAUGUCUUUAUGAAGGGCAUUGGACCAAGAGUUUUAUGGAUUGGAAUUGGAGGCUCGAUAUUUUUUGGUGUCUUGGAGAAGACAAAACAAGUGUUAUCCCAAGGCCAACCCAACAAUUGAUCAGCUUAAACUGCAAAUGAGCAUCUCUACUUUCUCUGCUUUGUUUUUCUUUUAUUUUAUGGAAUUUUGGAAAUUUUGUUUCUAUUUGUGAACAUCACAUUGGCAAUUUACAAUUUCUUAUGGUCUAGUGAAUUUCAU